AUGAGAAGGAAGCAAGCAACCCCACGCCGUAGACAGGACCUCCGAAUCUUCCAAGCCAACGUGGGCAAAGGCGGCCCAUCACACGACUGUGCCCUCGCACUGGCCGACGCAGAGCGAUUCGACCUGAUACUGCUACAGGAGCCCUGGACUGAUGUCAAAGAUGGCCGAUGCCUCACCGAGACUCAUCCCGCCUAUGACGCAUUCUCCUCGGUGGACUACUGGGAGGGCCCCAGCACCCGGCCCCGGGUUAUAACAUACCUUCGACGCAGCCCUACGUUGUUGGCUGACCAACUCCGGCCCUCACCGUCAAGGGACAUGUUGUGGCUACACGUUGAUGAUACUACCUUUGUGAAUGUCUAUCGACAACCUGGCGUCCACGAGACUCUCGACCUUCUCGUACAGUGGCCAAUUCCCGGUCGAUGUGUGGUUGUUGGGGGGCCAAUUCCCGGUCGAUGUGUAGUUGUCGGAGACUUCAACGCCAGACACUACUCCUGGCAAGCGGGAGAUACGACCGGUCGCGGCAACGACAUCGCGACGUGGGCAACACGGAAUGACCUGUCCCUCCUCAAUCCACCCAACAAGCCCGACCAACCGAUCCGGGUCACGUCGGACGACGAACUCAAACGCUUCGGUGAGAUCGUGGAGAUGGAGGCCUCCGCUCUUCCUACGCAAACAUCCUCCACAGAAGGACUCGAUGCCUUGGCAGCAUCGCUCACAUCCAUGCUGCAAUCAGCGGCCAGCAGGGCCGGGCACCUCACCAGGAAAAGGGCACGGGCCGCGCCAUGGUGGAAUGACAAGUGUGCACUGGCUGCUGCCGAGUAUAGAUCUAUGAGACGCAUCUACCCUCUGGGGUAUGGCAAAGAAGCGCAGCUCGCUAGGAAGCGGCUGAAGCGCGGCUCGCUAGGAAGAGGCUCCAACGGCAAUGAAGACAUAUUCAAGAUCACACGAUGGACUAAGGCCCGAAGCCCUUUCCAGCCGCCUCCACUACAAGUAAACGGCACCGUCUACGAGACAAUGACCGAGAAGGCUACAGCUCUUCGCCAGGCAACUCUCGAGAGAAGAACAUCUGGGGACGACAUAGAGAAUCCCUGGGUAGACGUCUCUCCCAACCAAUCUCUGCCCUUUUCCUCACAUGUUUCCGCAGAGGAGGCGCGAAAAGCGACCAUCGACACGGGAAACACAUCCCCUGGCUCUGACGACAUUACUGUAAAGCUGCUGCGAGCCGCAUGGCCAGCAAUUGGAAACCUGGUGCGGGAGCUCUAUGAAGGAUGCCUAACUGUGUCUGACGCUGGGGCACCACCCGAAAGACUUCAAGGAGGCUGA